AUGUCCGUCAACGGUGAGAUCUCACCCAUGGGGCUCCCCCAUUUCUGGCCCCUUUUAAACGCCACCAGCAUACCUACUCUCGUAGUUGUUGCGGUAUUUUGUGGUCUGAUCCUCAGAGACAGUGAGACGUUUUCGAAAUGGCCAAGAGCUGUGGCCAAUUGGGUGCGCAAGAGAAUGCUGGCGUGGAUAUACCUGUUCCACGGUCCUAAUAUAAUCCAAAACGCCUUUGACAAGGCAAAUGGCGAUCCUUUUGAGAUCAAUGCUCCGGACAACCGCUACAUCUUCGUAUCAUCCCCGAAGCAUAUUAAGGAGCUCGAUUCGGCCCCUGAAUCGGUGUUGAGUCUCCACGCAGCUUCCAAGCAGUUGCUACAGCCCAUGUAUACAAUGCACGACUUCAACUGGGUUGACGGGCGUGGAUAUGACGGCGUCGGUUUCAUCCGUGCUCUGCGCACGCUCUUGACCAACAACCUUCCCGAAAUCUUACCUGAUUUGAAAACAGGCAGAAGGCACUCGCCUGUCUACCCCAUGAUGCUCAGAUUGGUGGCUUUUUGCAACGCUGUGUCGUUCUUUGGCAAAGAUAUAGCUAAGAAUGAGCAAUUCAUGCAGUCAGCUCUGGAAUAUGUGGAGGAGACACUCAUUUGCGCGGAGAUUGUAAAGCUAUUACCCUCUUCCAUGGCUCGAUUGGUUGGCCGGGCCAUGGGUCGACGACUCAAAUCGCAGAGGCUUGUUUUCGAAGCUUUGUUGCCCGUAGCGGAGCAACGGUGCCUUGAGCGUGAUUUGAAGGCUGCAGGCCAUGCAGUACCCCAUCAUGCCGACUGCAUACAAUGGAUUAUGGAAUCAUCGCCUCGUUCAAAACCUCGGGCACCAGAAACAAUCGUGCAUGAGCUUAUGGCAAUAUGGUUUGGUUCAGUCCAUGCAGUUACAGCGACCAUUACCUUUGCGAUCCAUGACCUCUGUCUCCAUCCCGAGUACGUCCAACCGCUGCGUGAAGAGCUUCAUGCCGGGUAUGCCGAGUUCGAACGCACAUCCACGGGCCUUCCCCUACUGGACAGCUUCAUCAAGGAGUCUGCACGCGUGACCCCGGUUGAGGCCAUGAGCACGCGUCGCGCCGCGCUGAAACCGUUUACGCUCUCCAACGGCAUCACCAUAAAUCCGGGCGAAUGGGCUUGCACACCAGUUCAAAGCAUGAUACAGAGCGCCGAAUAUUACCCAGCACCGCUCGAGUUCCACGGCUUCCGCUUCGCUGAACACACAGGGGUCGGCGCUGUGAGCGCCGAGGGCCUUGACUUCCGGCAGCCGAGCCCGUCGAAGCUGAAUGACGUCGAGCAUCCGUGGCACGUCUGGGGCACUGGCAGAAUGGCGUGUCCAGGCAGAUUCUAUGCAGCUGCGGUGAUGAAGGCUGUACUUGGGCAGGUGAUUUUAAACUAUAACUGCGAGCUUGCAGAACCCGGAUCGCCGCGUUGGUUCAUCUGGAGAGCGAAUAGGCUGCCGAAGGCAACCACUGCAGUGAUUUUCACGCCUGUCGAAGAGCAAGGGCUGAGGUGA